UUAUUUUAAUGGAAAACCAGAGGUCUAAUAAUCAGUCCCUGGCGACGUUGAAGGUAACAAACGAAAUCUCCCUGGAUGAGUUAGUUAAUAUGCAUGUUGGAGUUUGUAGUGGUACCAAUUUGAAGUACCUCCGUCAUCAACGGACCGAGCACCAUCCAAAAGAAUACACAACAUACGUUUUUUGGGUAGUUGGUUGGGCGGGGGACCAAAAGAGGGUCUUAAUAUUUUUUCCUCCAAACAAUUUUUGUAUAUUAUUAUCGUAAUUGGCAUAUGUUUAAACUUAGGUAACAAUCCGGUUCCAUGAACAACCCUUUCGAUAGUUAUCCAGGCUUGAAAGGCUAAAAAAAAGUCCCUGUUGUUUUUGUCUCCCAGUCGGUUGGUGCAUUACUCUAUUUGUCCUCCUUGGCUCACAAUCCGUUUUUUUCGACACUUGCUAUAUUGUACUUAUAGAGCAAUGUCCCCGCUACAAUACUGUCAAAAAAAUAUCCGGAUAUCAUUCUAACCGACAAGGAAGGACGUGUUUGUUUACAGUCGGUGGCCUUCCCGGACCAAGUUUGCGUUUGGUCCUAUUGUUCCCAGAUCGAAUUUUUUUGAAA